GGCGCACCACGUGAAAGAGAGAGAGGAGUAGAGAGAGAGAAAGAGAUAGGGCGCAUAAGGUACACGUCAAAUUCAUGUUAUGAAUGAAUUUAGGCUACCGGCAGGCCCUAAAUCCCGGAUUGAAUUCUUGUGAUUGAAUUCUGGAAGGAGCUACCUUAUUUUAAAACCAGAUUACACCACAAUGGGUGGUCUACUAAGUUAUUUCAGAAAUUUGUUGGGGAGCCGGGAGAUGAGAAUCCUCAUUUUAGGUUUAGAUGGAGCAGGAAAGACUACUAUAUUAUACAAAUUACAAGUGGGUGAGGUAGUUACUACAAUUCCGACAAUCGGUUUUAAUGUGGAGCAGGUGACAUACAAAAACCUCAAAUUCCAAGUAUGGGAUUUAGGUGGACAAACAAGUAUAAGACCAUAUUGGCGUUGCUAUUAUUCCAACACAGAUGCUAUUAUUUAUGUUGUGGACUCAGCUGAUCGCGACCGAAUAGGUAUAUCCAAAGAUGAACUCCUAGCUAUGCUCAGAGAAGAAGAACUUCAAGGAGCAAUCCUGGUGGUUCUUGCCAACAAACAAGACAUGGAGGGCUGCCUAAGCGUAGCGGAAGUUCAUCAAGCCCUUGGCCUAGAAGCUCUAAAAAACCGUACUUUCCAGAUAUUCAAGACAUCUGCUACCAAAGGUGAGGGGCUAGAUUCAGCAAUGGAUUGGCUAUCCAAUGCUCUUCAAAACCGUAAAUAAUUUUAAUGGUCAAAAGCCUUCUGCACUAAGUUCCUUAAGACUGGAAAUACCUAUCAAGUGAGUCUAUUUCUCACUAAACUGUACCAACCAAUAUUUUUUGACUCUAUUGAGACCUGUUUUUCUAUAACUACCAAAUUUCUUUCAAUGUACUUUGGUGUUAUUCUUGUGUUGGUCUAUAGAAGUUAAUCAAAGUGAUUGUAGUUUGGUAAGCUCUGUUGACUAGCAAAUGUGAAUGUAUUAAUUUUACACCUAUCAACUUUUCUUCAGUUAAACUAGAAUUCACUAAUUUAAAAGUCUGUCUUGUUUUCUGGUUGCCAGAAAUACCUAAGUGCAUUUAGUGCAGCAAAUGGUGCAUUUUUAUUUCUAUGCUCAAGUUAAACAUUUUAUUUUGGGAUAAAUCGGGAGCUGAAACUGUAAUCUACCAGUAUAUGUCAAACUGGUUGGGACUUUGUGCAAAUAUCUAAAAGGAAUGUGUGUGCUGGAAGUUUUAAGGAAACUUGAAUUAAGAAACAAAUGAAUUCCAAAGUUAAAGAUGUUACCCAGUUUUUAUCAUUGCUGUAAAUCUAUCUGAGCUGCUUACUAUUAUGAGGUACCCUGAUGAAUUGCACUUCAAAAUUAUGGAACUUUUCUCAAGAUUCGCCUCUUAAUUGAUUUGUUUUGAAGUUGUGGUAUAUGUGCUCCUUGUGAGAGACUAAAACCUGUUCUGCAGCGGUCUUACUGUCUCAUUGACUUUGUUGUAAAUAUUUGAGUUUAAUUUAUCAAAAUAUACUGAGUGCCUUUUGUACAUUCAGAAUUUUAAUGUAUUCACUUCAUUGUUACAAUUUAAAAAAUAUCUAAGUCAUCCUAUUGUACAAACUCGACUCUCAAAAUACCAAGAACAAAUCUCAGUUUGUCGCUGACAGGUAAUGAAUCUGGUACUCGUGGAGUACUCUGGUAUUAUGCAAACCCACUGAGAUCUGUUGACACGAUUCGGUGAAAUUGUUGUUUCUUUUGAAUUCUUAUUCAACCUUCUUUACUGGCAAGAGUAUCUGAGAACACUGUUUGAUGGAUCGUUUAUCAUAGAGCUUGUGAGUUAUAUUUGUCUUCUAUGCUUGGAAGGGGAUGCGGGAAAAAUUUGAAGAGCCUAGGUAAAUUUUGAAUCUUUUCUUUCCCUCUCUUCAAUUUUCUAUGGUACUAGGUUCAUAGCUGUUUGUUUGGACUGUACAUGUAUACAGCUUUCUUUCACAAUGCAGAGCUGAUCAUUUUGCUAUGGGUUAUGGAAUAGACUUCUCUUUUUAGCAUAUCAGUUGCCUUCUCUUUGUGUUCUUGAAAUAUGUAAGGAAGCAGUUUCUAAUCCUCACAGUCCAAUGUUGUCAAUGAUAUCUUAAACUGAGAGUGAAUCAUAAAUACAGAAUAAUAUUCUACAGUAUGAAAUGCUGUAGAAUUCAUGUGGUUUGUUCAAUAAUCUAAUUUGUAUGGAAAAUAAAUUCAAGAUGAAAACAUAAA